UCUCCAGUGCGCUUGUUCCCUCUCUCGCUCUCUCUUGCUCUCUUGCACUGAUUUCAGCUCAGCCAGCAGCUCGCAACCCGCUUGCCCCGCGCCCUCCAGCAUGAAGGUCUCUGCAGCCCUCCUGUGCCUGCUGCUGGCACUAGCCGCCCUCAGCCCCCAGGGCCUUGCUCAGCCAGAUGGGGUUAAUACCGCAACGACCUGCUGCUACAAGUUUGCCAAUAAGAAGAUCCCAAUCCAGAGGCUGAGAAGCUACAGAAGAAUCACCAAUAGCCUGUGCCCCAUGGAAGCUGUCAUCUUCAAGACCAAACUGGGCAAGGAGCUCUGUGCUGAUCCCCAGCAGAAGUGGGUCCAGGAUUCCAUAGCACAGCUAGACCAGAAAACUCCACCUCCAAAGCUUUGAACACUUAUGCGUGAACUGAAACCAAGCCAAGACUUGAGACAUAAUUUAUGUCUAUUUUUUCUGAGUGUUGUUCUGAUAUUAGUUUAUUAUUCUAAGGAUUAUGACUGUUGUGUAGUAAUGUGCAUUAUAGUUUUUCUUAACUGGUAUUUUAAGUUAAUAUUUAAUCUGUCAUGGAUUUUGGUGGGUUUUAAAUGUAAAGCCUUGGACACAUCAAGUCACCUCAGGCCUGUAAACACUGUGGGGUGCUACUUACCUCUCUACCUCAUUUAAUAUGAAGGUAUUGAUUCCUUGUAAGAAUCAAUGUAAAGAUUUUUUUUUAAUGUUAGCAAGUGAUGGCCCUAUGAAGCCAUAAUAUUAUUAUAGAAUUAGAUAUUUUUA